AUGCGGAGACGCCCAAAUAUUUAUUUUCUGGAAUUGGCGGGAAAUUUAUUUUCCUUAUUGGAUAAAGAAAACACAGGGAAAGCUGAUAAACUUCUGUGUGAUGUUCUCCUUGAACAGUUAAAAGAUGCCCUGGCCAUCUCGGUGGACAAUCCCGAACGCCUCUUGGAAGCGGGUUAUAAUAUGAGUCCAGAGAAAUUAGAAGCAAUUUUGGAAAAGGUUUUAAACACUGAAGCGAAUCAUGACAUCAAGACCACAAAAGAACUUUUUGUCCUGACUGCCUUCAAGCAUUUUAUCAGUAAGGUAGGUCUAUCUCUAUCCAGGGAUUUCUUCUUAUAUCUCAAAGAGUUUUUUUUUCCGGGGCUACCAGUUUUCUCUGUUAAGUUUAAGAUUUUUUUCUUUCGGUUUCUCUUUCUCUUUCAGCUCUGCUGGAACGGUACCAGACACAAUCUAAAACUACUCACACGACAGACGCGAAACUUUAAUUAUGUCGUGGGCGCCGAGGUCAGUCGGCGAACGGCAAACGCACCUUUCCCGUCUAUCAAUCGCUUGCCUGCUACAGUCCUCAUCAACUCCUCCUCUUCCAUCUUCCCCGCUCCUCGCCGAUCGGUCGACACACCUUCAGUUCCGAUCUUGUUAUACGUCCCUUACAUUCUUUCCUUCUUUCCUUUUUUUGACUUUCUUUCUUUCUUUCUUUCUUUCUUUCUUUCUUUUCAUUUAAUUCCUUCUUUUUAUUCCUUUCCUUUCCUUCUAUUCAUUCUCUUUUCAUUCAUUCCUUACAUUGCUUCCUUCCAUUUAAAUUUCCAACAUUCUUUCUUUCUUUCUUUCUUUCUUUCUUUCUUUCUUUCUUUUCCGUCUUUGGACACUUUCUUUCUUUCUUUCUUUCUUAGGACAUUUUUCUUCUUUUCUCCUGAUUAA